AUGUACGAGAACGAUAGAGCAUACAAGCCAAAGAUGCCUUUGUUCCUGUGCAUUGGACCUUACUACGUCAGUAACGCCCACUCGUUGGAGGAUACCGUGCUCAAUUUGGUCCUGUUGAGGACGCAAAUUAGUAGCACAGAUGAUGUCGUUAAUGCCCUAAGAAACGAUGCUCUGGAGGUGAGAGAAUGUUACGAGGGGGCGAAUAGCCCAUUCUUCACACUUCCAGACAACGAUGAAUUUGUCAAGCUGCUGGUAAGAGAUGGAUGCUUCGUGUUGGAGUUGAUGCACAUCAUGACAACAGAGCCGCAUCCCUUUCGCACCAGGUUUUCCCCCACCUUAUUUCCAUUGAACAACAUCAUGCUCCGCCAUAUUCUGCUUGAUGUGUUGGUGGUCAAGAACCAAAUCCCCAUGGCCUUUCUUCAACGCCUUUAUAGCCACCUACAGUACAGAGAUCCGCCAUUCGAAAUUAUGCUCAACAAGUUCUUAGAUUUCUAUCUCAUGCAAACAUUUGAGGUGCCAAACCUGGCCGGCGCUUGCCAUCUCCUCGACGCUGCAAGGAUGAAAUUUCUGCCCAUUAUGGUUGGGCAAAGCCGCGUAGCAGGCUCGGCAACAGGAGCGUGUCUCUCUCCCCAUAACUUUGGCGAAAUGAGCGUACGCUACAGUGCUAUUGAUCUCGAGGAUUCGGGCGUUACCAUCUCGCCGGCGGCAGAAGGAAUGGUGAUAUGGGAUCCCAGGCCGUCGUGGAGACCGUUUCUUAAGCUCCCGCAUAUCCUCAUCAACAGGGACUCCGACUACAUUUUCAGGAACAUGGUGGCUUACGAGCAACGUCUUGUGGAAGAUGACAACCAACCUGUGCAGCCGGUGUCGUCCUACCUUCGCCUUCUCAGUGACCUUCUACUCACUGCCGCCGACGCCCGAGCCUUGACUUCCCAGGGGAUCAUCGACAAUCAGCUCGGCAGCCUGGAAGAUGUCGUUGACUUCUUCAAGGAUCUAAAGCUAGGAGACACGUAUGGAAUCGACAUGCUGUCUAAGGUUCGGAAGGACAUCAACGAGCAUUGCAAGAGCAAAGGGAUAUCGUGCUGGGCUGACCUGAGACGCACCUUUUUCAGGAGCCCGUGGUCGUACUGCUCCCUCGUUGCUGUCCUCAUUCUGCUUACUCUCACUGUACUGCAAGUGCUGUAUGCCAUGUUAGCCUAUCACCUCCCCAAAUCAACUUGA